AUGUCUCUCGGCAAGAAGGUCACUUUGAACACCGGUGCUCAGAUUCCGCAAUUGGGCUUUGGCACCUGGCAAUCGGCCCCCGGCGAGGUGGGCGAGGCCGUUUACGAGGCUCUGAAGGCGGGUUAUCGCCAUCUGUGUGGAGGCCGCGCUCGCUGGCAAGCUUUGACACUGACGCGGCUUCUAGGAUCUUGCAACCAUGUACGUGACAAGCGCCGCCAUCGCUGUAAAUGCGAUAAAUCUUCGACCGUUCCGGCCCUCCCUCGCCCAUCACACUCGCCCAAUUCAGGCUCUGGGAGAGAUGGAGGGAGAGAAUGGAAACCGCUAGAAUCUGGGGCCCAGGCUAAACAAAAUGCUCUGGAGUGCAGCUACCAAAACCAGCGCGAGGUCGCAGCCGGCAUCAAGCGCGCUUUCAAGGAAGUUCCUGGUCUGAAGCGUGAGGACCUUUUCAUUGUACGUGGUUUCCCAUUGAAGGUCAUGGAUGUUGACCCCGCCUUCAUUUCGAUCGUCAAAUUUGCUUGUCAUGUCUGGGGCGAUUCAAUUGCUGACCACGCUGACGUGUUAUCCACCGGAUUGCAGACCUCUAAACUGUGGAACAACCAGCACCGCCCCGAGGUCGUGGAGGCUUCCUUGGAUGCCUGCCUUGCCGAGCUAGAGCUUGAAUACCUGGACCUCUACCUGGUUCACUGGCCUGUGGCAUUCAAGCAAGGAGACGCGUAUUUCCCCCGUAUUGAAGGCAGCACCGUCGAGGGCGGCGAUGUUGUUAUCGACGACGAGGUUUCCAUUGUGGACACCUGGAAGGCCAUGACUCAGCUUCCCAAGAGCAAGGCCCGUGCCGUGGGUGUCUCGAACCACACCAUUGAGCACCUUGAGGCUAUCAUCAACGGCACUGGGGUGGUGCCUGCCGCUAACCAGAUCGAACGCCACCCAGUCCUGCAGAGCAACGACCUGGUUGAAUACUGCCAAAAGAAGGGCAUUCACAUCACUGCUUAUUCAGCCUUUGGUAACAACGUGAUCGGAGCUCCUCUGCUGAUUACACGCCCGGAAAUUAAGGAAGUGGCCGAGUCGGUCGCCAAGCGGACCGGCCAGGAGGUCACUGGGGCCCACGUUAUUCUCGCGUGGUCGCAAGUCGGCGGCCACAGCGUGAUCCCCAAGUCGGUCACGCCGUCACGCAUUCGAGACAACUUCAAGGAGAUCGAACUCACUCCCGAAGAGGUGGAGAAGAUCAGCACCUUGGGCAAGGACCGCAAGCGUUACAACACCCCAUUCCCCACUUACAAGCCUCGCUGGAACAUCAAUAUCUUCGGUGAGCCCGAGGAGGCGCCUGCCACCUACAAGGUGAAGCUGUGA